AUGCAUUCAUUGAUUGUCUCAUUGUUUUCCUUAACCGCUUCUAUACCUCAACUCAAUCUCCUGUUAGAUGAGAGCGAUAUCAUGGAAGACCUGAAGAUCCUGAGCCGCGCCAGCAGUUCCAAGAUGACGGCCGGCAUGAAGAAAAUCUACGCGCAGUCCGUGCAUGCGAUGGACUUGGACUCCAUGUCCCCCUAUGACGCCAAGAUAGAGGACGGGAAGCUGUUCUACGACAAGAAGUGGUUCCAUAGGGGACAGAACGUCAUGAUUGACACGAAGACCAAUGACAUGAAGUUCAAUGCAAUUCUCGUACAAAUCGGCACAUCGGAGAUAUGGAUUAAGAAGACUACGGACGCCAUUAAGUCAAAGAUAACUCUCACGGAUUUACAUAACGGAAAGUACGCUCUUUACAGGCGUUCCUCAUAGCAGCUAUCGAUUAAGAGAUUAAGAAAAAAAGACUAAAAAAACUUAUAUUUAACG